GAAAAAAAUAACCUAAACGAGUCUGUUUAUAACCUAACCUCUAUAACCUUCGAUAAACCGGUUUGCAAACAGUGGUAACGAAUUGUAUGACUAUGGAAGUGUUCCAUUACUGAGGUAAUCGUUUCAAAUAAGACAGUAUUUUGACCUGUGUGUUCAUUUGACAAGUGACUGUACCGACCGUGCCUCCCGGUUGUCGGCUCUGUCCCAGGUGCUGAAAGCGCUGGCGGUGCGUUUCCGUAGCAACCAACGACCAAGUUUCGGCUGCACCGCCAACACCGAUUUCUUACGAGAACAGGAAACGCCGAGUGGUGAAGGAAAGGAGCCCAGUGCGGUGAAUGUUAAGCAACUCUCCGCCACAGACCGAGGUGUGGAUCCCGUUAACGCGAAUAAAUGGGAUAUUCGGUUGCCCGGGCAGGAUGUAAAACAUCUUUUGAAGGAUGCGAAAACAAAGCUUCUCUGCGGCGACACUGCUCGUUCUGGGUUGGCUCACGGUAUCCGCUACCGCUGCUGACUCAACUCUGUCGGCUCCUGUCAAUGUGACGAUCAGGGAGCUGGAGGCGAACACAGCCAUAGUCACAUGGGAGAUACUGGAGGGAGAUCCCGUCAUCGGAUUCGCCGUCACACAACAGAAGAAGGAUGUGCGCAUGCUGCGGUACAUCCAGGAAGUAAACACGACCACGCGCUCCUGUGCAUUAUGGGACUUGGAGGAGGACACGGAGUACAUUGUUCAUGUCCAGAGCAUCAGCAUGGGAGGCAGCAGUCCUCCCAGUGACCCGGUCAGCUUCAGAACUCCCAGAGAGUCUGAGAAACUGGCCUCCACAGGCCCAGACGAGGUGAACAGGGAGGAGAUGGAACAGGCAGUGCAGCUCAGAGUUGGAGAGCUCAUCAUCAUCGUAGUGGUGCUCGUCAUGUGGGCAGGUGUGAUCCUCCUGUUCUGUCGUCAGUAUGACAUCAUCAAAGACAACGAGCCCAACAACAACAAGGACAAAGCCAAGACCUCGUCAGAGUGCAGUACUCCAGAACACCCACAGGGGGGGCUACUGCGCAGCAAUGUCUGAAAACAGCCCCCACUGGCCACUCACCUAUAUGGCAAUAACCUCCAAUCCUAUUCCUCAGGACAGGUGAGGCUACACAGCCAACCAGAACCGUCAUACCUGAGGCUGCAUCCUGAUUCUUCAUACUUCUCCUGAAGUGUGCGUGUCCUUGUAUCUACAACAUGACGAUCACCACUACGAUGAUGAUGAGCUCUCCAGCUCCGAGCUAAGACCCCUGACACCAUCUCCUCCACAAAUCAGCACCUCAGACUACAGCACAGCACCGCACCAGGAACCCAGCCCAGCCAAUCCCAGCAGCACAGCACCGCACCAGGAACCCAGACCAGCCAAUCCCAGCAGCACAGCCCCAUACCAGGAACCCAGCCCAGCCAAUCCCAGCAGCACAGCACCGCACCAGGUACCCAGACCAGCCAAUCCCAGCAGCACAGCACCGCACCAGGAACCCAAGACCAGCCAAUCCCAUCAGUAUAGCCCCGCACAGGAACCCAGCCCAGCCAAUCCCAGCAGGCCAGCAGCACAGCCCACAAUGGACCACAACCACCUACCACCCAGAGCGGGGAGACUGAAGAGGUGUAGGGUGAACCUGCCUCGAGACGCUGAUCUUGGGUCAGCGUCUAGGGUUGUGCCUUUCAGAUUAUAAUACACAAGGUUAAAUGGACACGGGAGGCCUGAUCAUAGAUCAGCACUCCCACUCUGAGACGCUUUAUGAACAGAGAGGAAUUGAUAGGUGUGGUUGAAAGUUCCAGCGAGACUAUCAGAGGGUAAAGUUAUUAUCAUAUUGCUAAAAUCUAUCAAAUCAUUUCAGAUUGCAACAGAUGUCUAGAGGGAAGGGGCUAGUGAUCGUUUCUGGACAAGGAGCCUCUGUCUCUCCCUCCCUCUCCCCAGAUCACUGUCUCUACACUCUCUGUCUCCCUCCCUCGCCAGAUCACUGUCUCUAUACUCUGUCUCCCUCCAUCGCCAGAUCACUGUCUCUACACUCUCUGUCUCCCUCCCUCGCCAGAUCACUGUCUCUACACUCUCUACCUCCCCCAUCAUUAAGUCCUAUUUUGGACAGGAAUAUGACAUUGUUUUAGAGCCCCUCCUAAACCCUAGCCUCAUAAGGAAGGUGACUUCCCCUCCUAAACCCUAGCCUCAUAAGGAAGGUGACUUCCCCUCCUAAACCCUAGCCUCUGACUCAUAAGGAACAUGACUUCCCCUCCUAAACCCUAGCCUCAUAAGGAAGGUGACUUCCCCUCCUAAACCCUAGCCUCAUAAGGAAGGUGACUUCCCCUCCUAAACCCUAGCCUCAUAAGGAAGGUGACUUCCCCUCCUAAACCCUAGCCUCAUAAGGAAGGUGACUUCCCCUCCUAAACCCUAGCCUCAUAAGGAAGGUGACUUCCCCUCCUAAACCCUAGCCUCAUAAGGAAGGUGACUUCCCCUCCUAAACCCUAGCCUCAUAAGGAACAUGACUUCCCCUCCUAAACCCUAGCCUCUGACUCAUAAGGAACAUGACUUCCCCUCCUAAACCCAAGCCUCAUAAGGAAGGUGACUUCCCCUCCUAAACCCUAGCCUCUGACUCGUAAGGAACAUGACUUCCUCUCCUAAACCCUAGCCUCUGACUCAUAAGGAACAUGACUUCCUCUCCUAAACCCUAGCCUCUGACUCGUAAGGAACAUGACUUCCCCUCCUAAACCCUAGCCUCUGACUCGUAAGGAACAUGACUUCCUCUCCUAAACCCUAGCCUCUGACUCAUAAGGAACAUGACUUCCCCUCCUAAACCCUAGCCUCUGACUCGUAAGGAACAUGACUUCCCCUCCUAAACCCUAGCCUCUGACUCGUAAGGAACAUGACUUCCCCUCCUAAACCCUAGCCUCUGACUCAUAACGAACAUGACUUCCCCUCCUAAACCCUAGCCUCUGACUCAUAAGGAACAUGACUUCCCCUCCUAAACCCUAGUCUCUGACUCAUAAGGAACAUGACUUCCCCUCCUAAACCCUAGCCUCAUAAGGAAGGUGACUUCCCCUCCUAAACCCUAGCCUCAUAAGGAAGGUGACUUCCCCUCCUAAACCCUAGCCUCAUAAGGAACAUGACUUCCCCUCCUAAACCCUAGCCUCAUAAGGAAGGUGACUUCCCCUCCUAAACCCUAGCCUCAUAAGGAAGGUGACUUCCCCUCCUAAACCCUAGCCUCAUAAGGAAGGUGACUUCCCCUCCUAAACCCUAGCCUCAUAAGGAAGGUGACUUCCCCUCCUAAACCCUAGCCUCAUAAGGAAGGUGACUUCCCCUCCUAAACCCUAGCCUCAUAAGGAAGGUGACUUCCCCUCCUAAACCCUAGCCUCAUAAGGAAGGUGACUUCCCCUCCGUCUGUCUCUCUUCCUGGGCUGAAACCUUGUUGCCCUUGUUAGUUGUCCUCCUACAGUAUCCAAUCUGAAGGACCAAAUCUGACACAGUUUUUAUGACAGCAUAUAGCAGGGUCAGAGAGAAGACUAGCUGGAGAAGAUGGCCCCCUAUCCCCUACACCCU